AUGUCGACACCUGACAGGAAGGCGGAGUUGGAAAUGAAGAAGGCGAAGCUAGCCAUCUUGAGGGAGAAAAAAAUGAUGAGGGAGAAAUCGAAAUUUGAUGGUACCAAUGGAGUAGCACAAGAUGCUCUCAGCCCAUCUCAAGGACUGCGAGAUGAAGCGGAAGAACUUCUUCGAACCCUCGGCAUUCCAGUGACUGAUGAAACCAAUCAAAGCUCAGACGAACAUUCUUCCAAAUUACACGUGGAAUCCCCACAAACAAAACCCGUUACCCCAAAGAAAAGUAAAAAGUUGGGGUUUUCUGAAAUAUAUGAAGUAAAUUUGAGUCCAAAAAAUCCGGUGUGUUAUUCAAAGACAACACAAACACGUGAUUCACCUGUCUCACGACAUCCUGUACUUUCCGACUCUAUGCGAAGCGAUUUGGGACUUGAGGUUAUAGGAUCUCCGAAGUUUACAAACCAUUUGGAAUGGGAUGAUGAGUUUUCCUUCGCUUUACCUUUUGACGGAUCGACUGACGUGAACUUCUCACACUCUUCAAUAAUCGGUGAAUUUGACAAAUUGCCCCCCUUCAUGCCAAAAGUCCCAGAGGAAGAAGAACAGAAGACCGUAAAAGAUACAAAAAAGGAACUUACAGUAGAAGAAAGAGAUGGGAUUCUGGAAUCCAGUAAUUUUCUCCGCUUCUUUGAUAAAGCUUCACGAUUGAUGGAGCGUGCAUUAACUGAAACUUCAAACAUUUUUGUGGAUUAUAGUGGUGGAGAUCAUGAUGACAGUGGAAACACUAAACGCCAUGAACUUGUGGGAUUUAAUCGUGAUUUUUUCGAUGAGCGCUGGUCAGGAAAACGUUGUGUGACGGCUUUGGAGUGGUCACAUGUUUUUCCUGAAUUGCUUCUUGCAGCAUAUAGUUCGAAUGAAGAUGCACAACACGAUGCCAAUGGGGUGUGUUUAAUAUGGAAUAUAAAAUUUCAGAAGACGUCUCCAGAGUAUAUUUUUUAUUGUCAAUCAACUGUUACUUCAGCAACUUUGGCAACUUAUCAUCCCAACUUGGUUAUUGGUGGAACAUAUUCCGGACAGAUUGUGUUGUGGGAUAAUAGGGCGAAUAAACGUACCCCGGUACAACGAACUCAACUCUGUGCAGCUGCACAUACUCAUCCAGUUAAGACGGUUAUGAUUGUUGGGGGAUUAAAUUCACACCAUCUAUUAAGUGUAAGUUCUGACGGUAAACUGUGCACAUGGAGUUUGGAUAUGUUAAGUCAACCUCAACAAUCAAUUGAAUUAACACAUAGGCAGGCACGUACUGUGGCUGCAACAUGUAUGUGUCUUGCAGAUGCAAAUGUCAACAGUUUUCUAGUUGGUGCAGAAGAUGGGCGAGCUUACUCUGGUUUGCGUCAUGGAAAUCUUUCUGGUAUCAUCGAAGCAUAUGAAGGUCACCGAGCCCCAAUUUUUUCAAUUGCGUCGCAUCCUAUUGGAGAAAGUGAACUAUUUUCUCCACUGUUUCUUACUACAUCGAUGGACUGGACUGUCAAAUUAUGGUCGGUUAAGGAUAAUGUUCCUCUCUGCUCAUUCAAUGAAUUCUCAGACUAUGUUUUUGACGCCCAGUGGUCACCUGUACAUCCAUCUGUAUUUGCUACUGUGGAUUGCGAAGGAAAUCUUUGUUUGUGGAAUUUGAAUAAAGAUAUGGAAGUUCCAACGGUGCGUACAGUGAUAAAUGGUCAACCAGCAUUGAAUAAAUGUCGAUUUCACUCAUCCGGUAUGAAUAUUGCCGUCGGUGAUGAUAGCGGACGUGUGCAUUUAUUCGAUUUAAAGGGAUCUCUGGUGUAUUCUACAGGAGAGGAUUACGUUGUGUUUGCUCGUACAGUCAACGGACUUAGACAGAAUGUGGCUGAACAAAAGGAAAGCGAGACUGAUCAAUUGUUAGGUCUAAUGGGAGGAUCUCCUUCAUCCAUCCAUUAA